CCUGAAGAAAUUUGUGAGAGCCUCUGUCAUUAACAAAUAAACUACAGUUCUCAACAAAUUCUUUCACGAAACAGGGUUUUGUCAUCAUGCCUGACAUACGUCGAAGCCGAACAUUCAUUGAGCAAGAUCAACAGAGUGCCCAUCAGCUCUUUGUGGAUGCUCAAGGACAACCAUUACAAAUAUGCAUCUCUCGCUCUGUUCAGAACAGCUCGGAUCUUGAGAACUUAAUUAGACAAAAUGGUGGCACCAUCACUCAGAAUGAACGGACAGCGUUCAUUUGCUUGGCAGAUCCAGGACGGAAAUAUGCUCAGGCAAUGCACUCGACAGACUGGAUUAGGGAUUGCAUUCAGAAACAGACUCUUGUCAAUCACAAUUCGCCAGAGUAUCAACUUCAACUCGCCAAUAGGACCGCAAAGUCUUAUUAUUCAUUAGAGGAUGAUAAUUUAUUACGCCAAUACAUCAAAGAAAAAGCGAAAGAAAAUGCAAAGCUGAAAGGAAAUUGCAUUUACCAAGACUUUGCUGAAGCGCACAAACAGCAUUCAUGGCAGUCAUGGCGGGAUAGGGCUGUGAGAGUUUUGAAACUGACGGAUCCACCAUCUCCAUAUGAGUUCAGCAAAACCAAGCAAAAGGGACCGUUAAAAAUGAUAGAGCAAAAGGAAGUCCAAACGAAAAGGCCAGACAAUCUUUUAGAAUUAUUAUCACCAUCAUUAAGACCUCAGUUAUCGAUCUCUAGUGGUCAAUCAAACCAGCAAAUGAGCAUGGAUGAAAAGGGGUUUAACAAUGUAUCAUCCAAAAUUGCACAAAAAAUGGAAUCGGCAUUAUCACAAAAUCCCGUCAUUAUUGAUCAUGAAUCCAACGGCAAAGACACUUUGCAAUAUCAGACACAGCAUUUCUCUAGUCAAAACACUGCUCCCUUGUUCAACAUUCUAGAAUUGAGCGACAUUGAAUCGGAUGAGGAAGAAGAUAAUUUCCAUCGACAGAAUAUGUCGGCCAUCGCCCGUAGUCGCGAGAAUCGUGAUACAUCACAAAAAGCGCCUUUACUAAGCGAAUUCAAAAUAAGCUCGACAUACAAUAUUGAUAGCUUAACCUGCAUCAAUCCUCCAAGUAAGGAACCAACACAACACAGAAAAGAGGUCACGCCGGAGAAACUAACUCCAUCAAUUACGAAUAAGUAUUCUUCGCUUUCGCCUGUCAAACUGAAACAGAAUGACACCAUUGAACCACAAGACUCGCGAAUAAGUUUGAGAACAUCACUAUCUCCUAUGGAUCGUAUAGAUUUCAAACCUGUAACAGGGGAAACCGAUCAGGCAACUCCUGCUGUCGCAAUGAAAAUGUCUAAGCUAAAACAAACUAGCUCAUUAUCACAAUCAUCACAGUCCUCACAAUCAUCACCAAGUGAGGCACUCUCGAGUACUAUGAAAGAAACCACAAGCCCACUAUUAAAAUCUUCAGAGCCUCCAAUGAUAGAGAUGGUCCUGACUACUGAAGGACAAGCAUUGAGAAGUCCUUUUCCGCCAUCAAUGACGCCAAUCAGAUGGGUAAACGAUCCUCAGGAAGAACUAGCCAUAACUGCUAAUACCUUAUCCAUAUCACCAAUUACUCAGGACUUAAUCAAGCCAAAUGGGCAUCAAUAUACUACAGAUUUUGUCGGGUCAGAACUGUUAACACCAAUGGCGACAGAAUCAUUAAAUUUGGAUUUACUUGACAAGGAUGAUGUCGUUGUUGCUAGACGCAUCGUUCAAGCGAUUAAAAGAACCGAUAAGAUAAUUAGACCCUUCUUUCCUCCUCGACAGAGCUCCUAUUCGUGCAAGGACAAAGCCAAUAUAGAUCUGAAGUCGACUCAAGAUGAUGGAAGUCCUUUUUCUGGGUUUGAUCUUCCGGCAAAGUUGAUUACAGCAUCUUUAAAACCACAUCCGCAUCCACCGCGCCGAUUUCAAUAUACACGAGGAUGGGAUACGCAAACUUCUCAAGAAGAACCAGCGCCUUUAGCGCAAGCGAGGGAGGCACACCAGUCAUUAGCACAAGCCGUGGAAGAUAAAGGAAUAUCGACAAUAACAAAAUCAGACACUGUGACAUUUAUUGGUGACCAACUGGAUGAUUUGGUUUUAUCAGACGAUGAUAAGCAAAUUGAGGCCAUGAUUCCACGAGUAAAGGGCAAAGAGUGCACAGCUAAUGGUUCUUUUAUAAAUAUUAUGAUACCCAGUGCACUGACAGAGAAAGAGGAGACAAUAAUGCAGGACAAAAAAAUUAGUGUACUAGAGCAUGACUUCGGAAGCAACCAGACUGUAGGAGUGAAAACAUCAGGAGCAGUCUCCCAAGGCACGAAUGAAUCGGAUUUACCAGCGACGGACAACCUAAGUUUUGAUGAUGGCGUAGAGCUGGGCGAUAAAAACCACUUCAACGACGUUAUUAGCUCGAUUAAUGAUCAAGAAGCUAGUACAGAGCUUAUCCAGCUACGUCCAGUAGCUGAGAAUAAGACUCAAUCAUCAUCAAAGCAAAUGCAAGGAGACGAAAAGGAUGACGUUGAAGAGGCUUUAAUAAGGCGAAGAAAAUUCGUGCAAAAACUUGAGCAUAUACAAGGGAUUAUAUCGAGUGUUUCUGAGAACCAAACUACAACGACUGUCUUGAGCAAAAAUAGUUUUGUUAAAGAAUCACAAGUAGAGCAUGGCCACCACGUAGAAACGCGACGUCUAAACGAGCCUACAAAAGUAGAGCAGCGAGUGAAGAAGCCAGGGCAGGUCACGCCAUCAAAGCUUCAGCAACCAAAGAAUGACUCAGUAGGGGAACAAGUGCAGGUUGGGGUCGCGGAGGGGCCGCAAAAGCCAAUCGAGGAAAACAUAGUUACACAGCAACUACAUACAAUGUCAACAGAGAAGGAGCCGCACAGCGGAGCUUCUUCCAGCGAAAUUACAAAAUGCUUAUCUGAGGGUAUUAAAGAGCAUACAUUAAAACGCGAUGCUAUUCAAGCAUAUUACAGUUUGGAUGAUGCAAGGAACAGGGACGAUCCGGAAGCUGACGAGGAUAUCCUUUAUCAGCGAAGUCAGUUGCUAAUAUACUUGCGGCAUUUAUACAAAGAUGAGAUUCGAACCAUGGUAAUGUUCGAGCUGGUGCCCCAACUGAAGGCCAUUGAUAUCUUGGAUGCCUGUUCAGGCGAUUUGGAUCUUGCACGGACAUUUGUAAACGAUGGCAUGACAGAAGAGAUCCAGGAUCGAUUCUGGACAAGGUUAGACGACAGCAAGAUCUUUUCCAAGAAUAAGGAAGAUGAAAUUGCAUUGGUGAAGAGACACUCUUUGAGUGAAAUCUUGCGAAGACUUCAAUAUCUGAAACGGACACGCAGUGAAGCGGAGCGGUUUUUAGUAUCGUCAAACGAAAUACAUGCGUCAGGGUUGUUGAAGCGGCGCGCACAAUCUCCAUCGUCACCACCAUUAAUAAGGGCUAUUUCGACAUCGAACACUAAACGGCAAAAAUCUCUAGCAUAAAAACAACCAAAUGGGCUUUUUUUUUUGUAGUUUCUAUCAGUUGUCG